AUGUCCAGCUCGUCGGAGUACUCUGAAUUUUCCGGCCAGAAACCGGCGAAGUCGCCGGAGAAGUCCAGCUUCUCUCAAACUUGUAGUUUGUUGAGUCAAUAUAUCAAGGAGAAGGGUAGCUUUGGAGAUCUCACCCUUGGUAUGACAUGCAGCACUGAACCAUGUGGGUCACCUGAGACAUCAUGUCAAUCUGCUACAACUAUGAACUUGUUUCCUACCAAGGAAAACAACGUGACACCAAAGAACCUGACAACUAUGGAUUUGCUCUCUCCACAAGCUUCCUAUCAUCCUUCAGAGGAGAUUCCAUCCUUGGUUAAUUCCAGUGCAAUUAAGCCUUUGAGCAAGGGUGCUAAAACUGCCCAGAUGACAAUCUUUUAUGGUGGACAAGUUGUUGUGUUUGAUGAUUUUCCUGCUGACAAAGCAAAUGAGAUCAUGUCCUACGCUAGAGGGAAACCACAAAGCCAGAGCAAUUCUGUUUUCACCUACACACAGAGCCAGCCUUCAUUUCCUCCUAACUUGGUCAGAGCUUCUGCUGAUUCAAGUGCUCCAAUUAUUCCCACUGUGAAUAUUACCAACUCCAUCCAUGAACACUCUCAAGCAUCAGCCAGACCUAUUGUUUGUGAUCUGCCAAUUGCUAGAAAAGCUUCACUCCACCGGUUUCUGGAGAAGAGAAAGGAUAGAAUUGCUUCCAAAGCUCCAUAUCCAGUAACUAAUGGGCCUUCAAACAAGGCAGCAGAGUCCAUGCCAUGGCUUGGGCUGAGUGCUACAUCACCUCAAAUCUGA